CAGAAAAUCCAAUCAAUUAUCAGCCUAAGGGGGAAAAACUCACCCGUUCCCUGCCCAAUUCCGGAAACCCAAUUCCAAGCCGAGUCCCCCAAGCAGAAGUCAAACUCUGAGUGAAAUGGGCAACAAGCUGCGUCGUCGCCGGGUCGAUGCGGAGGAGCCAGAGGGUAGUCAGCCAAAGAAGCCCCCAGGAAGAUGGCCCUUCUGGCGGAUUGUCUACUGGAUGUUCAUUCUGCUCCUGAUGAUCGGUCUUGUCGUGGCCAUGUACUUCACCCUCAAGUCGGACUUUGGCGAGUGCUCUGCCUAUGACGUGCGCUGUGAAUGAAUGCUCCUGAGGCUGUGCAAUCGGGGAGUCGGGAUCAAAAAGCUGUCUGUUUGGUGUCAACAAUGUUUUAAGCUCAAUUAAUUAAUAUCAAGAUGUUUGCUAACCAUAAUGCUAGCCUCGAACGCCACAAUACCGAUCGAAUCUGGAAGAUUGUUUUCAUCUUUCUUCUGUUAAUAAUACUUGUUGGUUACCUAACCCUAUUGAUUAUAUAUAUAUUAUACAAGGCCAGUUAAGAUACGGGACACAAUUAUAAACCUAAAUUUGCAUGUUUCCUUUUUAUAAAACAUAUAUGUGUCUGCAUUAAAGUCUUAGUUAUUAUUCAGUA